GUCUCUCUCUCACAUCUACCAACAGGCCAACAAACAACCCUCAAUAAAAAGCACGCAGCUGUAAAGAAUCACAUAAAGAUUCGGCUCCAGAAAUAAAUCCUGGAUGGAGGAUCAUCCUAAACAUGAAAAGAAGAAGAAGAAUAUCAAAGCCAUGCCGCUGCCAAUAAGUAUCGGUGGUGGUGGCGGUGCCGGUGCCGGCAGACUUGGAAUGGGUGGUAUUGUGUUGUUUGGUGGAGCUUUGGUCACUGCGACCAUUGUAUCAGCAGCUUUAGCUUUCAAAAUAAGAGUAUCAUCUAAGAAGAGCAGGUCGCCAUCACCGGAGGCACAGAGUGUCGAUGCACCAGACCAGUUGGAAUUCAUUGUGAAGACUAAUACAGAUCUUCCUCUUGACUCUCAGAAUCAGAGCAGUGAUGGGUUAACUAGCAUGAACGAGAUCAUGCAGACUAAAACCAUUCCAGAUUCGAGUCCGGAGGAAAAGCAAAACUGUGAUGAAAAAGUGGCUGUGGAGUCUGGAGAUGGUAAUAUGUUUUCAAUAGUUGGUGAAGAUGAAAAAAACUAUGCGAAUUCUGUUUCUGAAGAGAAGAUUGUCCUGGCAUUUGUGGCAUGUCAGACUGAAUUGGGGUUUCCAAUAGUUGACGGGGUUGAAGAAGAGCAGAAGAAAUACUGUAACCAACAGAGUGACACUGAAGAGGAGGAAUAUAAAGCAAUUGAAGGCGUUAGAGAAAGCAUGCAGGUGGGCGCACUAGCAUCAGAUGAAGAAAGAACAGCAGCAAUGGAGGCUGCUGGGGCUAAAGAAGAGAAAGAAAAAGAUUGUGAAGAUGAAAUGAUUAAUGUAGCGAAUGUUGAGGGAGAGUUGAGUACUAGUGAUGAAGCAGCUGAUGAUAUUGUCGGUGAAACAGAAGAAGAAGAAGCAAUAAACACAGUUUUUUGUGUGCGGGUAGAAAACCAAGAAACGCAAUGCAAACUAGUAGUGAGCGAAGAAGCUUGUCUGGAUGAGGAUGAUGAUGAUGAUGAUGAUGAUGAUGAAACCAUUACAAUACAAACCCAAGAAAUGCACCAGAGUCGGACAUUUUCCAGUGGAUCUGCCAUUGAUGAUGAUGAUGACAGAGCAGCAGUAAGAGAAGAGAGCCCCCCGCCACCAAACCAAUUGAUGAUGAUGAAUAAAGAAGAACAAGGCAAAGAUGAAGACAAGGAAUGUGAGGUCCAGUCUAUGAAUAAAGACAAAGAAACGCCAGAUGCAGAAGCAGAGCUGUUGAUGAUUACAGAAGAUGAAACAGGAACAAACAAGGUGGAUGAUGAGAUCUUGUUAAUACAAUCAGAUGCUCGACCCUAUGUUACUACAGCCAAGAGUGAAGUUGGGAUUUGGGCAGAUGAGUCUGUGCAGCAGGAGGAGGAAGCAAGCCACAUGAUUGAAGAAAGCAUGAAGGAAGAUGACUCAAUUUUACUAAGCAAAGGGCAGAAGAACGAUGAUCACCAUAAACAUAAUAAACCUUUCACACAUAGGUUUGCAGAAGCCAAAGGGACAUUUCUUUACAAUUCCUGGUAUUCUGAGCUGCUGCUGGAAAUUAGUCUUGUUCCUACUUUGUUGCUCAUUUUCAUGUUAUUGGCCCUUGGAACUGCACUACAAAUAUACUUGGUCAAAUAAUACCUACGCUACGUACAAAGAUAUUGGGGAUUAUAACAUCAUCUGUAUACUAGCUGGUGC